UGCGAAAGUGCGAAAAGUUGCGUUCUUAGAUCUUGUUUUUGUGAGAGCCUUGGCAAAGUCUCUAUUCGCUAGGAUGGCGAACAGGAGAAGGGGCAGCAGCAACAGCGACUCAAACUCGGAGGAAGUCUCCAAGCUGCAUUCACUUGCCCAACUCGCUGGAGUUUCGAUCUCUACAAGAACACACAGUCUGUUGACCAUGGAAGCUCCCAAUGUGUGGUUGAGAAAUGACAAGGGAGUUGAAGUUAUCAGCAUGACGGAAUCAAGACUGCAAGAAACCCUUGCAAUGAUGAGGGAGUCAUAUUAUCCUGACGAGUCAGCAGCCGUUGGAAUCGAAUUGCAUAAAUGUCCUGAAAGCAUCGAUGAGCUGGAGCGUCUCACCAUCGAGACCUUUGAGGACGGCACUUCUAUGAUUGCCAUUUUCCAGAACAAAGUGGUUGGCGCCUCUUUCAACAAAGUCCAGCUGAAACCAAAAUCUGGGGACCUAGGUUACUUUGAAGAAUUCAGGGAUUUUAAAUGCAAGACUGACUCGGCCAAGGAGUAUGUCAACAACAUGAUAAUUGCGGAUUCUAAAAAAGAUGCGUUUGAACAUUACGGUGUUCGGAAAUCUCUGGAGCUCAUGUUUCUUGGAGUUUGUAAGCGCCAUCGAGGUUUGGGCAUCGGACAACUAUUGACCGAAGCAACCUCCGUUGUUGCAAAACAGCGCGGCCUCCCGAUUGUCACGGCAAUUUUUACUUCCGUGGAGUCGCAGAAAAUCGGCCGUCGUCUUCAGUGGGAUGAACUAAUUGACAUACCCAUGCAUGAAUUUGUCUAUAGAGGAAUCCCAUACAGCAAUUUUACUGGAAGAAACCAAUCUAUGGUUCUAAUGGCAAAGAAACUUAUCUAAAAAUUUGUCUCCUUUUUGCCCUGUUUUGCCCUAAAUUAAAAAUAAUUACGCUUUACUUCCUGUCGUUGCGACUGUUUUGAUAUGUUAGCACAACUAUAUUUGGAAAAACCAAAAAUUGUUCAGAUAUACUUCAAAUGGAGUGCUACGUGACUGACUACAUGCAAACUAGUCAAGUAGUGUGUGCUGAAAGGUAGUAAGGUGAUACUUGUGGAAAUACAAAAUUUAUUUAUAGACAAAAUUGCAGCUGGCAGCUGCAAAAAAAAUGUUAUGGCGCCCUCAUUUUCCCUUUUUAUAUGGGAAAAUGUUAUCUUAAAAUAAAACAUUACUUAUAAAAUCCAUAAAAUAUUUCCAAAAAAUUUGAAUUAACCGAUAAGAAAAGAUAAUCAUUAUUGCAUCAAUUUAUCUAUUUUUGUGGGCUGUAAAUUAUAA